AUGCGGAGGAGAGCUCGCCAGCCGCCAGGGGAACCUGUUGGGCAUCGCGUUCACGAAGUAGCCCAGCUGCGGCACUUCGCCCUAGAACUGGGGAUUGCAGCAGCCUCGCUGGGAAUCGGAUCGUGCGCGGCAGCGGCAGCCUUGGGAGGAGGGAAUUCGGAGCUCGUGCGCCAGCAACCGCAGCGGCAGCAGCAGCAGCAGGCGAAGGGGAAUUGGACCUUGCGCAUCCCCAUUCCUUGGUGGAGGCGAAGGAGAUUUGCACCUUUGCGUCAGCGGCGGGAAGAGAAGGGGAUCUGGACCUUUGCAACAGCCGCGUCCCUGGCAGGAGGAGGAGGAGCUGACAUUAUCUCUACAGUAGAAUUCAACCACACAGGAGAAUUACUAGCGACAGGGGACAAGGGGGGUCGCGUUGUAAUAUUUCAGCGUGAGCAGGAGAGCAAAAAUCAGCCCCAUCGCAGGGGAGAAUAUAAUGUUUACAGCACAUUCCAGAGCCAUGAACCUGAGUUCGAUUACCUGAAGAGCUUAGAGAUAGAGGAGAAGAUUAAUAAAAUACGAUGGCUCCCCCAGCAGAAUGCAGCUUACUUCCUUCUAUCCACAAAUGAUAAAACUGUAAAACUAUGGAAAGUUAGUGAAAGAGAUAAAAGACCAGAGGGCUAUAAUCUCAAAGACGAAGAUGGACGACUCCGAGACCCAUCCACAAUCACAACGCUACGGGUACCUGUGCUAAGGCCCAUGGAUUUAAUGGUGGAAGCAACUCCCAGGAGGGUUUUCGCAAAUGCACACACAUAUCACAUCAACUCCAUAUCAGUUAACAGUGACUAUGAAACCUACAUGUCAGCGGAUGAUUUGAGGAUAAACUUAUGGAACUUUGAAAUAAUAAAUCAAAGUUUUAAUAUUGUAGAUAUAAAACCAGCAAACAUGGAGGAGCUGACGGAAGUGAUUACAGCUGCAGAGUUUCAUCCACACCACUGCAACACCUUUGUCUACAGCAGCAGCAAAGGAACAAUACGAUUGUGUGACAUGCGAGCAUCUGCCCUAUGUGACAGGCACUCCAAAUUUUUUGAAGAGCCUGAAGACCCAAGUAACAGGUCAUUUUUUUCUGAGAUCAUCUCUUCAAUUUCUGAUGUUAAGUUCAGCCACAGUGGGAGGUACAUCAUGACCAGGGACUAUCUCACGGUCAAGGUGUGGGACCUGAACAUGGAGAACAGGCCUAUUGAGACAUACCAGGUUCAUGAUUACCUCCGCAGCAAACUGUGUUCCCUCUACGAGAAUGAUUGCAUUUUUGAUAAAUUUGAAUGUGUGUGGAAUGGGUCUGACAGUGUCAUCAUGACUGGCUCCUACAACAAUUUCUUUAGAAUGUUUGACCGCAAUACCAAGCGUGAUGUGACCCUGGAGGCCUCGAGGGAAAACAGCAAGCCCCGUGCCAUCCUGAAGCCCCGCAAAGUCUGUGUUGGGGGCAAAAGGAGAAAAGAUGAAAUUAGCGUGGACAGUCUGGACUUUAGCAAAAAGAUCCUGCAUACAGCUUGGCAUCCUUCAGAAAAUAUCAUAGCAGUGGCAGCAACAAAUAACCUGUAUAUAUUUCAAGACAAGGUUAAUUAG